UGCUCUGACAGCACAGACCACACCAGACGGGAAAGUAGAUCCAAAAAGAAGGCAGUUUUUUUCAUCAUUGUUCAGUACAUUACAAAUCGUAUUUAUCUGUCUUUAUCACACUUACUACAAAACGUUUGUAGAGGCGCUUUUGUAUUUACAGAAAUCUUUCGAAAGUUACAUUAUUUGCACACAGAUGUCACUACCAUAAUUGACAUUAAUAAAUGGAAUGUGAAAUGACACAUGUAAAACCCCGCCGUUCUGUUUUGUUCAUCACGCUACAUGCACUUGGAUUGUAUUUGUGGGUUUGUGUGGUUUCAAUAAUCAUCAUUCACCGGAAAAUGAGAUUUUGUAUUGUGUGCGGUAAUUCUGAAGACGACGUAAAGCAUUUAUUUUGCUUUCCCCGUAGCGCAGACAGGUCGCAAAUAUGGCAGGAAGCUAUGGGAAUGAAAUAUAGACCACUAUGUGGCCAUGUUAGAAUCUGCAAUGAGCAUUUCACAAAAGAUAGAUUUGUGCCAUGUACCUCAGUUUUACGUUUGAAAGCUGAUGCAGUGCCCACAAUUCUGGAAGUCCAGAAGGACCAUGUUAUGAAGGGACUGGACCAGAUAGCAAAUAAAAAAGUAAACAUUAUAUCCCAAUAUAUAAUAAAGCCAGAACCACAGGUACUGAAUUUUACAUAUUAUUCUAGAUGA